CCUGACGAACGGUGUGGAGCAAGAAGCCGCGCGAAGAGGUGGUUAGUGUGGGCUAUGACGGAGAGGGGCCGAGCUUGUUGUCGAGUCGGAAGAUGUCUUUCGUGACAUACACAGCUUGUCGAUACAUCCGAGCGUGGGUGCGCCCAGCACUCUGCGAACAACCGGACGUCACGCGCGAACCUCGACAACCAACAGUCCUGAUAACUCCGUCUUGCAUGCGUUCACGAGAACCCGGAAUAUUGUCCCCGAUUUCCGACAGGAAUUCACGGUCGGAUGGCAGCGUCGCUUCGGGCGAUAGUCAGUCAUAGAUUGGUUAUCAAGAAGGUCCCGAUGAAAUGGUCUCUGCCUCGACGAGGAACACAUCGCGGGAUGCGCACCUCUUCGGAGCAAAGUU